CAUGCGCUCUGGAAGGAGAGACGCGAUUUAGGGGGAAGGGCAAGGGACGGGCCUUGGCCGAGGUCUCACGGAGACUGCGCGGACGGGAGCCCCACAGGAACAUGGCGACUUGCGCUGAAAUCCUGCGGAGCGAGUUCCCCGAAAUUGAUGGACAGGUCUUCGACUAUGUGACGGGCGUCUUGCACAGCGGCAGCGCGGACUUCGAAUCAGUGGAUGACCUGGUAGAAGCGGUGGGUGAACUGUUGCAGGAGGUGUCCGGGGACAGCAAGGAUGACGCGGGCAUCAGGGCCGUGUGUCAGCGCAUGUACAACACCCUGCGCCUCGCUGAGCCCCAGAGCCCCGGGAACAGCCAGGUGUUACUGGACGCCCCCAUCCAGUUGUCCAAGAUAACCGAGAACUACGGCUGCGACAUCAAACUUCCAGGACUGCUAAAGCGAGACCAGUCCUCGACUGUGAAUGCCAAGAAGCUGGAGAAGGCUGAGGCUCGGCUGAAGGCCAAGCAGGAGAAGCGCUCAGAGAAGGACACGCUAAGGACCAGCAACCCUCUGGUCUUAGAGGAGGCCUCAGCCAGCCAGGCAGGCAGCAGGAAAGAGAGCCGGUUGGAGUCAUCGGGCAAGAACAAGUCCUAUGACGUGCGCAUCGAGAACUUCGAUGUGUCUUUUGGAGAUAGGGUGCUGCUGACUGGUGCCGAUGUGAAUCUGGCGUGGGGUCGACGCUAUGGGCUGGUGGGGCGGAAUGGCCUAGGAAAGACGACGCUGCUCAAGAUGCUGGCCACACGGAGCCUGCGGGUCCCGGCCCACAUUUCCCUGCUGCACGUGGAGCAGGAGGUGGCAGGCGACGACACCCCUGCCCUGCAGAGCGUGCUGGAGAGUGACACGGUGCGAGAGGACCUCCUGCACCGUGAGCGGGAGCUCAGUGCUCAGAUUGCCUCUGGCAGGGCGGAAGGCUCAGAAGCUGCACAGCUGGUGGAAAUCUAUGCCAAAUUAGAGGAGAUUGAGGCUGACAAGGCACCUGCCAGGGCAUCUGUCAUUCUUGCUGGGCUCGGCUUCACCCCUAAAAUGCAGCGGCAGCCCACCCGGGAGUUCUCAGGUGGCUGGAGGAUGCGGCUAGCCCUGGCCCGGGCCCUGUUUGCAAGGCCAGACCUUCUGCUGUUAGAUGAACCCACCAACAUGCUGGAUGUGAGGGCUAUCCUGUGGCUGGAAAAUUACCUGCAGACAUGGCCCUCCACAAUCCUAGUCGUCUCCCACGACCGCAACUUCCUGAAUGCCAUCGCCACAGACAUCAUCCAUCUGCACAGCCAGCGCCUGGAUGGGUACCGGGGAGACUUCGAGGCCUUUAUCAAGUGCAAGCAGGAGCGGCUGCUCAACCAGCAGCGGGAAUAUGAGGCCCAGCAGCAGUACCGCCAGCACAUUCAGGUUUUCAUCGACCGGUUUCGCUACAAUGCCAACAGGGCCUCCCAAGUGCAGAGUAAGCUGAAGAUGCUGGAGAAGCUACCAGAGCUGAAGCCCGUGGACAAGGAAUCUGAGGUGGUGAUGAAGUUCCCUGAUGGAUUUGAGAAGUUCUCGCCACCUAUUCUGCAGCUUGAUGAAGUGGAUUUCUACUACGAUCCCAAGCACGUCAUCUUCAGGCGUCUCUCCGUCUCUGCGGAUCUGGAGUCCCGAAUCUGCGUGGUUGGGGAGAAUGGGGCCGGGAAGUCCACCAUGCUGAAGCUGCUUAUGGGGGACCUGACACCCGUUCAGGGCAUCCGACAUGCUCACAGGAACCUGAAGAUCGGGUACUUCAGCCAGCACCACGUGGAGCAGCUGGACCUGAAUGUCAGCGCCGUGGAACUGCUGGCCCGGAAGUUCCCUGGGCGGCCGGAGGAAGAAUACCGUCACCAGCUCGGGCGGUACGGCAUCUCGGGAGAGCUGGCCAUGCGUCCUGUUGCUAGCUUGUCUGGGGGCCAGAAGAGCCGGGUGGCCUUUGCACAGAUGACCAUGCCCUGCCCCAAUUUCUACAUUCUGGACGAACCCACAAACCACCUGGACAUGGAGACCAUCGAGGCGUUGGGCUGUGCACUCAACAAUUUCCGGGGCGGCGUGAUUCUGGUCUCCCACGACGAGCGCUUCAUCCGGCUGGUGUGCCGCGAGCUGUGGGUGUGCGAAGGAGGUGGAGUCACCCGCGUGGACGGCGGCUUUGACCAGUACCGAGCCCUUCUCCAGGAACAGUUCCGCCGGGAGGGCUUCCUCUAGGCCCCCAGCUGGAGGACUGCUUAGGACCUGCACUCCAGGCCACGAGGACCCCCCAGCUUGGGGAGGACAGCCUUAUUCCCAAACCUCCUUUAGACUGGAUCAUGCUCUGCACCGCUCUGGGAGCCCCACCGAGGGCCGAUGAGGACUGGUCUCCCAGGAAGGGCUGGGGGGGGGGGUCCUCGGGGGUCACAGGUUCCAGACUGGGCCUGAGUGGCGCUGUGCACAUUAAAUCCCCCCCAUGCGUCCUCCUGGCCUCUCCCAUGCUGCACCCCAGGGCGGCCGCACUCGCAGACAUGCGGAGGUGUUUUCCUAAGUGGGCCUCUCACAGCAUACCGCUGCAGUGCCAGCCUGGCCCCUGGCUGUGGUGGCGUCCAGAUGCCUGUGCACCCCUGGGGUGGACCGAGCUGGGUGGGGGUGCAGUGUGCUCCCCCCGCCCGGCCCCGCCUCGCCUCAGGGAAGAGGUCUUGGCCCCACUGCCUGGGAAGCACAGCUAGUCUGCAGGCUGCCCUCGGUGGGAUGGCUCCAGCCGGUUCCAGGUUUCAGUGGCCUCUGCCCAGCCCCCGCUGCCUCUCAGCCGAAUGUCUGCUCUCCUCUGGUGGCCUCGAAGAUGAUCCUGGGAUGCGGGGAAAUCUGAACACUUUGCUUUCCAGUUGAGCACUGUCAGAGGAAGAGCAGGUGUUUAAUGGAGAGAAUGAUUUAUAAAUACCGUUUCUGGAGGGCUCA